CUUGGCAACUCUUUAAUGGUACCACGGUACCGUCCCGCUGCUACUUCAUCGCGGUUCAGUUUUCUUCGUACGACCACACGAUCAACAAGUUUAUCGUUGACAUACGAUGUCUGGUUAUAUAAAACGUAAAUAAAAUGAAUACGUUUUUGUUUAUCGGUAAUUUGGUGCAUCUCACGGCCUUUUUGACUCUCAUCUAUGAGAUUAUUAGGAAGAAGAGUGCUGCAGGCAUAUCGGGAAAAACCCAACUCCUGCUGACCAUAGUCUUUAUAUGCCGCUACACCGACCUAAUCAACCUGUACAUCUCCUUCUACAACACCUUCAUGAAGGUCACCUUUAUCACCCUAAGUAUGACCACCCUGUAUAUGAUUUAUUGCAAGUACGGGCACACGUACGACGAAAGGAACGACACGUUUUGGGACAGUUUGCUAGUAAUUCCGGCUGCGGUACUCGCAAUAUGCGUUAAUUAUUAUGUUUUUAAGAAGAAUUGGUCCGAGCAGGAUCCUUUUUAUUUGGUGCAAGACAUCCUCUGGACGUUCAGCAUUUACUUGGAAGCCCUGGCCAUAAUUCCUCAACACUUCUUAUCGAGAAAAACCGGAGACGGCACCGUUUUGCCCUACGUCAUCCUGCUCGGCGUCUACCGAAGUUUCUACAUAAUGAACUGGAUAUUUCGCUAUUUGACCCAGAACCACCAGGACUUAAUCUCGACCAUUUCAGGUUCCGUUCAAACGGUCAUUUUGUUUAUUGUCGCCGUCGAUAUUUACAGGCGCAAAGAGGAGAGACCGAAAUGGCAGCAAAUAACUGACGUGUUUACUGUCGAGGCGGCUAAAGUCGGUCAGCAACCGAUCAGUUACGUGUUUGGAGAGAAGGAGAUGGACUGUCCUGAGACCGCUUGAUACUCAUCGGAGGGUCGUCCUCCAUUACGGAAUGUCAUAAUGAUUAUAUAUAUAUGUAUUUUUUUAUUAAAUAAAUCAUUUUCUAUUUA